AUGAAGGAUUCAACAACGAGAGGUAAAGAAUGUGGGUUGAAGAAAGCGAUGGAGUGUGUUAAGAGGAGGCAAUGUUGGUUGAUAUUGAAGAGGAUGUUGGUAGACAGAGAUGGUUGGGAUUUGAAAGAUCCUCCAAAAAUAGCAAAGUCUAAUAAGUGUAAGAUAAAGGCAAUAGGUUUGAAGGAAAUAGAGAGAAAAAUGAGAUUGUAUGCAACAGAGGAUGAGUUUGCUAGCGACAUGAGACUUGUGUUCUCUAAUGCAAUGGUAAUGUAUCCUCCAAGGAAUCAUAUUUACCAAAUUGCAAAAAAGUUUAGUGACACUUUUGAACACAAAUGGAAGUCAUUGAAGAAUACGUGGCAACUUGAGGAUACAAAAAGAGCAACACUCAAAAGAGAUACUAAAGAGUGCAACAUGUUGUGUUCUUAUAGAAAUGUUCUCAAGUUAUAA